AUGUACAGUCCAGAUUUUCAAUUUUCAGAUUUUUAUGGUUACCCAGAUAAAGUUUUAGGCUCUUCUAGAUCACAGGACAUAAAUUCAAUUAAUUCAAGUGUUACAAACAAAGAAAAGUCGAAAACACUGCUCUAUGUCAGUUAUCUGAGACCAAUAGUGACUUACGCGUGUGAGACUUGGUCUACAACGAAAGGUGAUAACAAAAAACUGGCAAUAUUUGAAAGAAAGGUUUUGAGAAAAAUUUUUGGCCCGGUGUACAAUCUCGACCUAGGAACAUUCGAGAGGCGGAAAAACGAAAAUUUAUACCAAUUGUAUGGAAAACCAACGAUAUUAACGUAUAUAAGACUAAGAGAAUGGAGCGGUUUGGACAUAUUUGGAGAGCUGAAGAUGAUAUACUAAAAAAGGUCACAACCGCAACGAUACAGAAGAAACGACCACUGGGUAGACCGCGAACGAGAUGGAAGGAUGCUGUGAAGAGGGACAUUCAAUUGUUGGAUGUGAAUGCGUCUCUUGAAUUAGCACUCAACAGAGAAAGUUGGAAAGACUUACUUGUGGCAGCUCAGGUCCUUCAAGGACCGUUAAGCUGA